AUCAAUUCGAAGCAAUGGUGGAGGAGCUUGAGAGACGACGUGAAGAGUGUAUUCAGCUGCGCUCCCUAUUGGCCAGUCGCACUCGAGGCAUGUCAGAUGUCUCAAAGGAGAACUACGGAGACACUGAGAUGGUGAAUGAGGAUGGAGAGCUUGAAAUGGCAUACAAAACGCAGAAGGAUCUUAACAGACUUCUAGAGAACCAGAUUCAGACCAUACAGCGCAAUGCCAAGAUUCGUGAAGAUGAAAUCAAGAAAGAGCUCGCUGAGGUGAAGCAAGACAAUGACAGACAACAGAAGCUGAUUGGUCAGCUCAAUGCAGUAACAAGUAAUCUGUCUCUGACGCCUACUGCUAAGAUAGAGGCCACAAUGCAACAUGAGAUCACUAGGCUCACUACAGAGAACCUGGACCUACGAGAGAACAGUGACAAGCAGAAUGAAACCAUCAAGAAAUUGAAGAAAGCUCUCAAAAUAUAUGCCAAGAGACUCAAGAGUGCAGAAGGUCCAGACAUCGUGGCUGAGCUGGAACAACUAGAGAGACAGGAGUCUGUCGACAGCUCCGCUGUGAAACUAAAGAAGGAGAGAGAAUUUGUUGGCAUGUUUGAGUAUCGCAAAGAAGAUGAAACUCUACUUAUCAGAAAUCUAAUUUUAGAAUUGAAGCCUAAGAAUGCCCUUUCUUGUCUACCUGGUCUUCCUGCCUACAUCAUGUUCAUGUGUAUCAGACACACAGACUACAUUAACGAUGAUGAGAAGGUCAGGUCUCUCCUCACCAACACCAUCAAUGGUAUUAAAAAAGUGGUCAAGAAACACCAUGAUGACCCUGAGCGUGUGACUAUGUGGUUAGCAAAUGGCUGCAGACUGCUACACAACCUUAAGCAAUACAGUGGAGAAAAGUCCUUCCAAAAUGAGAAUACAGUGAAGCAAAAUGAACAUUGUCUGCGAAACUUUGACCUGUCGGAAUACCGCCAGAUCAUGAGUGAUAUUGCUGUCUGGAUAUAUCAGGCCCUUAUUAAAACUAUGCAAGAGAAAAUACAACCAAUGAUAGUGGCAGCAAUAUUGGAGCAUGAAGCUAUAGCUGGACUAUCAAGUUCUAAACCAUCAGGCCUCAGGCAGAGAUCCUCCAGUAAUGCCAGAGAGCUCGAUGACAAAGUGCAAUCAUACAAUCUAGACAGCUUGCUAAAAUCACUAUCAAGCUACUACAAGGUCUUACUUGCCCAUGCAGUUGACCCUGAGUUGAUUAAGCAGAUAUUCAAGCAGCUCUUCUACUUUAUCUGUGGUGGUGCUCUAAACAAUUUGCUGUUACGUAAGGAGAUGUGCCACUGGUCUAAAGGCAUGCAGAUUAGGUACAACUUGAGCCAUCUAGAAGAGUGGUUGCGUGACAACAAGUUACAAGAAUCUGGCGCAAUGGCAUCACUUGACCCCAUCACCCAGGCAUCUCACCUGCUACAAGCUCGUAAAACUGA